AAAAUUCUAGUACUCUACAAUCUGAAUCUUUUCUAUUUAUACUUUGGCAGAAAUCCGAACUUUGUUUGGAAUAAUGACCACGACAUAGCUAUGUGCCGAGAAGUCCUCGUAGAAGAACCGUACUGUUUUAAAAUGAGAAGUACCAAAAGAGGCCAGGCAUGGGAAUCAAUAGCAGAGAAUUUAAACGCAAUGCCAUCCCUAAAGCCUAGAGUUACAGCACAGUCUAUGCGUGAACGGUAUAACUUACUAACUAAGAGAAUGCAAGCUAAAUUGAAGAUGGAGGAGAAAAGCACCGGUAUUGAUGUGGAAACUUCGGAGCUUGAUGUCCUUCUAGAGGAAAUUCUAGAAAAGGAGAAAGCCGCCAAAGAGAAGAUAGAGAGCAAUGAUGGAAAUAAGCGAAAAAUAAUUGAGAAUGACAAGACAGCAGCCGAAGAUAUGCGUCGAAGCAAGCGCUGGAACGUAUGGGGCAAACUGCUAAAAGAAAGAAAGGAGGCGAUGACUCAGAAGCUCCAAAAAAGAAGAUUCGCAGGAGCACAGCAGAUGCUGUUGAGUAUUUAAAGGAAAGGCCUGCUAAAGAGAUUGCUUUGAAGGAGCAAGAAUUGGAACUGAGGAAGAAAGAACAGGAGAACGUGAUGGAGAGGGAGAAAGAAAAAAACCAACAUCAAGAAAAUUUGAUCUCCACUAUGCUUCAACAACAACAACAGCAGCAGCAACAGAUGAUGAUGGCCAUGAUGAAUCAACAACAGCAACAGUCGCAGGCAUUGUUAACUUUUAUGGAAAAUUUAUUCCAAAAUAAUUUUUCCAGGUAGUUCGCCAGUCGAUGAACAGUUGAGUUUAGUAUUGUACGCCUCAUUAGAAAAUGUCUAUAUUUUAGUAUCAGUGAUUAAAUAUAUUUUAUAUGGAUUACAUUGAUAUUUAAUACUUUGGCAAACAUCUUACAGUUGUGUUCAUAAACUCUUUCUUAAUACAGUUGCUGGAGACAAUUGUUACAUGCUCUCUUUUCAAUGUGAAAGCAAUUGUUAAAAAAAAAA